AUGUCUAACCCUGAUACCACUUCACGGCGGGGUUUUCUGUACCCAGGCCUUCAGGCGAGGCUGAAUGGAUAUGUUGGCAUCCGCACCAGAUUUCAGGGCGCGGCCUGGUGCAAGUCAACUUUUUUUUCUUAUGUCUUCUUUCGGGCACAGUACCCAUUGGCCCCGAGAGAAAUUCUCAUCUCCUCUGUAUCCGUGUUCAGAAAAGGAGCCUUGUUCCUGUUCCUCGCUCAUACGUUCAUAGUUUGCCUCCAGGAGAUUUGGGCCCGUCUGCGCCGUGGUGAGCUCAGGGUGCUCUUCAGAAAUAGCGACGUUCGUGAUCAGGCCUUUGCCGAGUUCUACACGGCAGCACGUACGUUGGAUGACUUUCUUUCCUCCGCAAAGUCGUCGCUGCACCCCUUCCAUUGCAGUCCUCGACCGGGCAUUCGUUUUGAAGGGAAUUCCGUCAGCGCUCUGCCGCUCCCACACAUAGCACAGCACAAGACCAAGGCUCCUCUCGAGCCACGCACCCCUCGCUGUCACAACUUUAUAGCCUUCGAGUCCACGACCGCCGUCGCCUCCCUCGUCCCCGCAGCUCACGGCACAGUGGUGGACCUCGGGCCCGGCGCAGGCACACAGCUGGACCGGUUCGAUGCCGCGCGCGUCGACCACAUCUUCGGCGUGGAGCCCAAUACGGCCUUUGCGCCGGCCUUCAACGACCGCCUCCGGGAGACGGCUCUGGGGCAGGACGGCAAGUACACGCUCGUGCCCUGUGGCGUUGAGGAUAGCGAGACCCUGGCGCGGUACGGCGUCGUGGAGGGGAGCAUAGACUGUGUUGUUUGUAUGCAGGUGCUAUGCUCUGUUCCACACCCGGAGGAGCAGGCUCGGCACCUCUAUCGACUCCUGAAGCCCGGCGGAGAGCUCCUCUUCUGGGAGCAUUGUCGGAAUACAGACGUGGUGACAAGGGCCGUGCAGUGGAUUUGGGGCUUGGUCUGGCCGAGUGUGUUCGGCGGGUGCCGGCUUGACCGGGUCACUAAACAGGCCUUUCUCGACGCCGGCGUUUGGCAGACUGUCCAAAUCGAGACGAGUAUGGAGCCGCAUGAUUUGAUGCCGCGUGUCUGGGGGAGACUGGUCAAGCCCAAGGCAGCUUGA